CAAUACGAUGAUGCUUUUUGGAAUAUCUACUUGUGCCACUAAGCUGUUCUGCUCUCUAACUGAAUUCUCACAAGAUCAGAUGAUUAUUUUGCUUCCAAUUGGGUGCGUUUGAUGGUUCAUAAAAAACUAAAACGUAACAUUUAUCGUUUAUUAGCUGAUAACACUGGAACAAAUAUUUAAUAUAAAAUGGAUAUAACGGAAGCGUUUCGCCAAGAAGAUAUUUCAAAAACUGACUUUUUUGAUUUUGUUGUGGCUCCAGAGAUGUUCAAUGAUCAACAGCACUUACAACUUGCAAAACAAAUGCGAUCGGUGGGAGUGUUUAUGGAAGGAAGAACGUCACAAAAUUCAGGAGAAGUAGAAGCAAAAGAACAAAAUAAUAAUAGUCUUCUAUCAACUUCUGCUAUUAUGACACCACAGUUAGCAGGGUUCGAUCAAUUCUGGGGAGCCACUUCGAAUGGAACAAUAGGAUCAUCGGACAACAAAGAUUCUGCUAGACUUAUGGAAUCUGCAAUUUUAGAAGAUUUGAGUAGAUAUUGUUGGACGCAGCCCGCUGAUGCAAGUUUACCUCCUAUGGGAACAAUAGGUGGCAACACAGACGGACAAAUUUAUACAUUAACAGUAUUAAAUGGGGGCUCGAGUCCAGAACCUUGGGUACCGCGAAAAGAUGAAUCUUCGAGUACUUCAGCGGUAGCAGCUUUAGACUUAGAAAGUAUUUUAGGAGGCCUUCCUGGGUUCACAACCGUUAAAUCAGAUGAUGGAUUUCAGUAUGAAGACAGUGGGUAUGCUGACACUUCAUGUGUGCUUAAAGAAGAAUCGACAUCGUCAUCUACAAAUAAUAACAAUAAUAAUAACGAUUGGAGAUUACAAGAUCAUAAUAAUGAUGCUGCAUCUGCUGAUUCCUUGCUUAGAAGUGCACUGCAAGGCAACAAAGGUUAUGCAAAAUGCAUCAAAACUGAUGAAGAAAGGCCUCCGGCUACUCCUACAGUUCUGUUUCCUAUAGUGCCUCCUGGUGAAGAGCCAAUGACUCCGUUCCCAUUUGAAGAAGAUGCAGUGGUAGUUACGUCUCGUCCAGUGGACGAUACUUUUUUGUCACAGCUCGAUGCGGCAUCAUUCCCAGAAGAUUAUGAGAAAAUAAAGAGAAUUGCCACAGAAGUCCAACAAUUUUGCGCCGAAACUUUUGCCCCACUUACUGGUGCAACGAUAGGGCAAACAGCGACUGUUACAAUCGGAGACUCAAUUGUAACAGUUAAGCCUCCUACAACUAAAAAAUAUAGAAAGACUUCUAAUAAAACGACUUCUGUGCAGCAUGCUAAUUCCACAACAAAUACCGGAUGUACAGGAACGACAAGAAAAGAGAGGUCUUUACAUUACUGUUCCAUUUGUUCAAAAGGCUUCAAAGAUAAGUAUUCUGUGAAUGUACACAUACGCACACACACAGGUGAGAAACCUUUUGCAUGUUCUCUAUGCGGGAAGAGUUUUAGACAGAAAGCACAUUUGGCGAAACAUUACCAAACUCAUCUUGCCCAAAAAACCGCUGCAACGGCCGGUAAUUCCCCAACUAGCAAAUCUAGCAAAAGGUAGCUACCAUAUGAUUUAUCGUACUUUGUAAAAUACAUGUUAUACGUGCUGUGAUCUAUUCGUCUCUCUGCGAUUUUGCUUUCAACAUUUUACCAAGAUCUUUAAUGCUUAUAUACUUUUAC